UGGGCGUGCCCGGCGGCGCUGCUGCCCGCCUCCCGGAGCCUGGGUCUCUACGGGCCGGUCCCCGAGCCUCCUGCGCUGGGGCUGCGCGUGGCUCACCUCUGCGGCCUCCGGGGCCUCGGCGUCACAGGUUUGGAGCUAGCUCACUGCCCAGGCCUCUGGAGUCCCCCAGACUGGGCCCUGGCCAAGGACCUUCAGGACACUGAAAGACCACAAAAGAGGGUUCGAACUAUGUUUAACUUGGAGCAGCUGGAAGAGUUGGAGAAAGUGUUUGCAAAACAGCACAAUCUAGUAGGAAAGGACAGAGCCCAGCUGGCAGCCCGGCUCAGUCUUACAGAGAACCAGGUGAGGGUCUGGUUCCAAAACCGCAGGGUUAAGUAUCAAAAGCAGCAAAGGCUGAGACCACCAGCUGCAUCUGCCAUGGCUGCCUCCCCAGACGAGCCCUCCAGCAGCUCUGACACCAUCAUCCAGAGAGAAAAUGCUGGGUCAGGAGUGGGCAGCUGA